CAGAGUCACGUGAUCAGACGAAGCGCCAAUUCGAACACGAGGUCGCGAGCGCGCAUUCACUAUGCAAUGUGAUGGAGGUGUUAUGGUAAAAAUCACGAUGGGAGAAAACAUACCGAUCAUUAUUUUAAGCGAUGACGAUGACGAAGAAUCCAUGACGCUCAACGACUCCUCGGUGUUGUUCGUUGAAAAUGAAGAAAAACAAACAGAAAUUUCAAAGCAUAUUGAGCAAGUAGAUGAGGAUUUGGCAAUAACUUAUGCCCAGACAGGAACUGUGCUCCCACAUGCAAGAUAUGACUGCACCCUGCCAUUCAACCGUGCCGAACAGGAUGUCUUCGGACCUCUACAAGAAAAUGCAAAGCACUGUGAGCAGUGUUUUUGCUAUAUCUGUGAUCAACCGGCCUCUAUGUGUCAAUUCUGGAUCCUCCCUGGAAUUUGCCACUGUAAUGCACAUAAGCACAGCGUGUAUUGGAAGACGCUCCGGGAUAAAAGCCUCAUGGGAUAUCUGCACGAGAUCAACUUCACUUUUGACCCACUGGAUAUGGAUUCGGACCUACGAAACGCCGAGACAUCUCUGAAGAACUUUGCUGGUAGUUUGUCGCUCAAGUAUGCAACAUUUCUGAUGGGGUGUGAUGAUCCAAAACGACAGCUGAGCUGUCGGUGCACUUGUCACCGAACCAAUAAGGGGACUUCGUCCGUCACAGGAUGCAAGGGCUGUCAGACACAUCACUUAAAGUUUUUACAGUACGAUUAUACUUCUGUGAGUCAACACAUCCAGAUGUUUUUGCAAGAGGCAGCGAAACAGAAUCCCAAAGCUUGUAUUGUCAUGCUGUUAGGGGCAGCCAAGCUUUUCAUCAGUCACACUGCUCCUGGAAACACACACGCUGCUUUAGCCGUGUCUGACACGGUGUCGAUGCUGCUAUGGAGAGUUAUGACAAAGGUGUGGAAGAUUUUAGUCGACUGUGAAUUUUCCUAUUCUUUUAAAAAGCAGCUCCAGUUAUUUUACCAGAGGCUUCCUCUGCCCUCCAACUCCACAUUGCCAAGAAGUCUGAACGUGCUACCAUGGGACGAUCCGUUGCUCACUGCCGUGAUGAAAGGUCAGAACGUCACUGGAGAGAGACACGUCAAAGGUCGAAGGGUUGAAAUCUUGUCUGAACCUGUGGGGGUGAUCCAAGCUAGAGUCUGUAAACUUCAACAAAACAAAAAGUAUCGUGAGCUGGCUCGGUAUCUCAAGCUUGUUAAAUGCUUCAGUAGCCCUACGCUAGAGAAAUUGAGAGACUUGAUUCCCCUCUAUCUAUGCAAGGUUGGAGAAUACAUUGGUGCAGUGAAUGCCAUGCUAUCGCCAAUGCCCGGUACCGCUUGCCCCGCCUCCAGACUCACACCUGCACAAUUCAGAGGUUUCCUCAGAGUUCUCACGUCAGGCCACGCCCCUGUUAUAAAAAAUCAACAAGCUGAUUCAGGAACCGUCAAUAUGAUCGUGCCAGAUCAUUUAUUGGCAACUGAGUGGACACCCAUUGAAGGAUCAACUUUGCUGAAGUUGAUGGAUGUACUGAAGUUUGCUUUGAGAGUUUUGGACUGUAACACUGCUGUUUUUGCAGAUUCGGAGAGCUGGAUGUAUUUACUCAGUGUAAUCAGUUCCAGUCACAUCGCUCCGGACGGACUCGUCGUCGCUGCUUUCUAUGCGGAGCCCGAUAUGACCUUUCAAAUGGCAACAAGAAGCCUUUCCAGUGCAAUUCUGGACGAGCUGUCGUCCACUUCCCGAUUACAGAUUCCCAAAGCAUUUGAGAAUGGAUAUCCUGACCAGGCAAGGCUGCUGCUGGCCACUCAGGCUUUGGUACUCCGAAUAUUUCAUUCAAAGCUCACCCCUAUCCUGGCUGUCAUCUUUACGUUCAGGUUCAACCGCUGGGCUCUUCGCUGGUUGUUCUGUGGCCUUCUGGUGAGACCUGAUGUGCUGCACUUUGUCCUGUGCAGUGUUUUGGAUGAACUGUGUCAAAAGCAAUGCCAAAGUAAAUGGGGUGAUUCGGAGCAUUCACUGAUUUCCUACUUCCUCUGCCUCUAUUUCCUGGACAACAACGUGGUCCUAACCGGCAGCACGUAUGGCAUCCAGAAAUUACUUGCAAUUUGGAAUGAAGGGCGCUACCCCUGGCAGACAGGCUUGAGAGUGCAUCUUGAAUGUAGUCUAGCUAGUCUUAAUAAUGAAAAACAUCAGAUUCUGCAACAAAUUCAACACAUCAGCCAUGUGCCCACAUCCUUACCAUAUAAGUCCGUAUAAAUGUUUACUGUUGUGUUUUUCUAGGGAUUAUAUUUGGCCCAAAUC